CAAGCCCACCCUCGACCCCAGCUUUACUCCCUGUUAACUCCAAUCCUCCAUCGCAUCUCCCGCCGUCGCAGAAGAGACGAUAGCCGAACGAGAUCUGUAAGAAAAUGGCCGAUCAAUUGUCCGAAGAGCAAAUUUCCGAGUUCAAGGAAGCCUUCUCUCUCUUCGACAAAGACGGUGAUGGGACGAUCACUACGAAGGAGCUUGGGACUGUCAUGCGCUCGUUGGGUCAGAAUCCUACCGAAGCGGAACUUCAGGACAUGAUCAACGAAGUUGACGCCGAUGGAAACGGGACGAUUGAUUUCCCAGAAUUCCUCACCAUGAUGGCACGGAAGAUGCGUGACACGGAUAGCGAAGAAGAGAUCAAAGAGGCGUUCAAGGUCUUUGAUAAGGAUGGGAAUGGUUAUAUCAGCGCGGCCGAGUUGCGGCAUGUCAUGACAAACCUCGGUGAGAAGUUGACCGAUUCAGAGGUCGAUGAGAUGAUCCGUGAAGCCGACGUCGAUGGUGAUGGUCAGAUCAAUUACGAUGAGUUCGUCAAGAUGAUGCUUUCCAAGUAGCCAGUUUUCUUGUACUCUUCACCACCAAGAACAUCUUUGUUCCGUAGUACAUUUUGCAGUGAUUAUAUUCCCAUUCUUGUAAUCACACAUUGGAAAACUGGCUAUUGGCCUGUGGGGGCCAUGUAUUUGUGGUGCUUGCUGGAUUACAUGUGUAUUAUGUAAGCAUGUUAUUGGAUUUCAUUUGUCAAUGUUUGGUCUACAGCA